GAGAGCAGGGAGAAAAAAGAAAACCAGAAGGAGGUAGAGGGCGAGAGAGAGAGGAGGCGAAGGGGGCGAAGAAGAUCGGCUGCAUCUCUGAUUUCUCUUUGAUUUGAGAAAAAAAAAGCUUGGAAUCUGCGAUUUCCUGGAGUGAAAAGGCCUAAUCAAGCCGGAGAUCUGGUCGUAUGAUCUGUUCACGGCGGUAGGAAACGGACGGAUGAGAUUGACCGGCGAAACGGAUCCGGUUUCAUGAGAGGGAGUCGGAGGGAUGGAGAGAAACCGCGAAGCGAGAAGGGGAGCGAUUCCGGCGACUGCGAACGGAUUGUCGAGACGGAGGCAGAGAAACAGCAGUUUGAGAGAUUCUCCUGAGGAAGACGGAGGAGCGUUGGAGUUGCAGGAAAUAGCGAGGCUUCGAGAUCGAGCGAGUAAGAAGGAUCGGGAUCGGGAUCGGGACCGGUCAAAUCGAAGCAAGCGGCGGAGGGGGGAUAGGUUGCUGCACGGGAGCAAUCGAGAGGACGGAGGUGAGGAGAGCACAGAAGAGAGCCUUGACGACGACGAGGAAGAGGAGGAUGAAGACACCGUCGCGUCGGCGGCUUCAGCGGUUCGGCUGCCGUCGAUGAAUCCGAUGGCGCCAACCAUGGUGUCGUUGAUGCCGAAUCACCACCACCAUCACCAGCGGAAGAGCUACCCGCCGAAGGUUGUGAGGGCAGCGGGCCCGCCAUGGAAGGUGGCUGAUGAGAUGAUUGGUGUCUCGGUGCCAAGGAAAGCUCGGUCAGGUUCUGCAAAGAGGUCACAUGAAUGCUGGAUUUCGGGUGGAGGCGGCAGCGGAGAGCAGAUUCUCCGGCAAGCUUCGACGUCGCCGGCGAGGCCAACCACAGCUACCGCAGCUCCAGCGGCUCCGAUCUCACCAUCUUCUUCGAACGCCUCCGUACGGAAGAAACUGAAACCGAUGGGAGCCAAGCACAAGCCGCCCAAGAUCUCAAAGGCGACAUCUUCUUCAUCAAUUCAGGAGAUCGAGAUUGAGGUUGCGGAGGUCUUGUAUGCAAUGACGAGGCAGUUCCAGUGCCCUUCGAAGCAAGAACAGGUCGCUAGCGCAUCACACAAGCCCGAUUCAAAGGAUGCAGGCGGAUCGAGCAAUGAUGCCAAGUCAAGAGUUUCUUCUCCAGUCUCAACCUCCCCUCCGGCGGGGCCGCAUCCAUAUCUAUUGACGCAGAAUUCAACCUCGACAUCGGCAGUUCCAUCGUCUGCUGUUGCUCCGAAGAGGAAAAGGCCCCGGCCGGUCAAAUUUGAGGAGGAGAGUCCUGCGACUUUUGCAGAUCCGAAUGCUUCCACUUCAUCCGCAGCCAAGAUUGAGGAGGAACAGCCGGAAAGGGUACAAAAUUCAUCACCGCCUAAGUCUGAGAAGAACGCAGUGUCUAUCGUUGAAAAUGGAGGGGAAUCUUCCAAUUUGGGAAGCUCUCAGGUCAAUUUGCAGCAGGAUCCGGUAAAACAGGAGAGCGAUUCUGUUCCAGAUUCAAAGCCGUUGGUAGCAGAAUCGGAUAGCGGGGAAGGGAUUGAAACCAAGGAUGAAAUCUCCUCCCCGGUCAAGGAAUCUCCUUGUGCCAAAGUCGAUGUCAACCUCGAUAAUCCAACAGCAACGAUAGAGGAUUCAACAGCGUGUGCAGUUGAUUGCAUUCGCGAGGAGAAAUUCAAGUUUGACCUGAUGGAUCCUCCGUCGGCCAAGUCCUCUCCCGAAAGAGAUGGCGGUGCGCCGGGCUUUGUAACAGAUUUGAAGCCUUCCACCCCAGAGGUUGAUGUGGCGGCGAAGAUGGAGAUUGUCAAAACAGAAGAAGCAAAGGCGGAGGGAUCUGUGAAGCAGGAGACAGGGGAGGUUGGUUUUGAAGAGAAAAAGGCGGAGGAAGUGGCAGAGGUUACCGAAACACAAAAGCAGAUGCCUAAGGAGAGGAUCCUCGACCUGCAACUCGAAGCGGAGAUGCAGGAGAAAGACAAUGUCAGCAGCAGCAGUAAACCGCAAGUUCUGAAGCAGGAGCAAUCUAAAGCCACAAGGAUUGAACCGAAGGCGGAGAAAGCUGCGCUAUCUGCCUCUUUGCCGGUACCAAUGCCAGUCCCUGGCUGGCCGGGCAGCCUUCCUCUCGGGUAUAUGGGCCAGGUUCCAUCUGUUCAGGCAGUUGUAUCAAUGGAUAGGACCACUGGAUCUUCAACAACGAUGCAGCUGCCGCAUUUUGCUCCCCCAAAGGCCCGGCCGAAGCGGUGUGCGACCCAUUUCCACAUUGCCAAGAACAUCUACUAUCACCAGCAAUUCGCUGCUCGGAUGACCCCGUUCUGGCCUACAGGGCCUGGUUCUGCAGCACUCUACGGCUCCAAGCAGUAUAAUCUCAAUGCUGUGCCACCCACCGAAUCAGCUAUGCUUCUCAGCCCAUUGCAGGGAAGCUUCCCAGGGAGGAAUUUGGGCUCAUUGCAAGAAAAGGGCCAGGCUGCUGCUCUUGCCGUUCAGGCCUCAAAGGAGAAAAGCAUGCCAGCAACAUUCAUGGAUGCUGCUCAGAGGAAGCAGCUCAUGCUGCAGCAGGUGCCACAGUCCACACAAACGAAUAACAUACUGCAAGCCCCUGCUUUCAUUUUUCCUAUGAACCAGCAGCAGGCAGCUGCAGCUGCAGCAGCAACUCGAUCUGGGACAGGGAAAUCUUCCGCCACCAUCAGUAAUGCAAACCCUUCAUCUGGUGCUGCUAAUUCAGUCGUGGCACCUGUGGCUAGCUCUGGAUCUUCGGCACCGACAACUGUGAGCUUCAACUAUGCAAACAUGCCUGCUAAUGAUUCUCAGUACUUGGCCAUACUGCAAAACAAUGGCUACCCGUUUCCAAUUCCUGCCCCUGUUGGAGCACCGCCACCUUACAGAGGGAACCAUGCCCAAGCAGUGCCUUUCUUCAAUGGGUCUUUCUAUACGUCUCAAAUGCUGCAUCCUUCACAACUUCAACAGCAGCAACAUCCCCCGUCUCAGCCUCCAAUCCAACAGGGGCAUCAGAAUACCAGCACGUCAAGCAGCUCGUCUUCGUCACAGAAGCAUCAGCAACAACAGCAGCUGCUACAAGGAUGCAGCAGCAACGGUAGGGGUGGAAGCUCGCAGAGCUUCCCUGCCCUGAAACAACGGCAGCAGCAGUCACAGAACCAACACCUGCCUCCCCAUCAAGCUCGGCAGCUUGAGAGUGAGGUGGGCGGUGAAGACAGCCCAUCGACUUCCGAUAGCAGAGCAUCGCAUGCUCACAAAAAUGCCUACAACCAUAAUUUUGCAAUACCAAUGCAUCCUCAGAAUUUUACGUUGAUGUCACCUGCAGCAUUGGGUGGUGGAAAUCACAGCGGGGACAAGCAGCAGCAGCAGCAGCAGACUGUAAAAGGAGGAAUGGAACUCACCCCAUCUCAAGCAUUUGCCAUGUCCUUUGCCUCCUUCAGUGGCACUGCUGCUGGUUCAGGCUUGGAUUUCUCAUCUAUGGCGCACAGCCAUCCAGUCUUCCAAAGCCUCCCGGAAGCAGCCAGGCAUGGAUUCCAGAUGGCUGCAGCGACAUCAGCACCUCAAAAUGUACAGAAGAAGAACCACCAGAAUGUCGAAGACGGGAGGACUGUUAAUGAUUCAAUCAACUCAAAUGCCUCUGGUGAAGAGGACAAGAAGACAAUGGCAGGGAAGGCCUCAACAUCAAUGAUGCCGCACUCCCUCGUCUUCUCUAGACCCGAGGGUGACCCCUCAACGUCCACCAUUCUAGGUAACAGUGUAAUUGACACAUCCGGCCGGACGCUAAACCUCAUCUCGGCCCCUAUGAAUGGCAACCGUGCUUCUUCUCGCUCUGCAUCAGUAACCGCUUCCAUGCCCACUGCUACAACUGCUAGUGCUUCUAACCUUACAAACCAGCAGCACCAACAAAACCAGCAGCACCAACAGCUCAUUCAGCUGCAGAAGCAGCAGCAGCAUCAGCAUCAGCAGCAGCAAGCUGCAGCUCGAACGAAACCAGCUGCGGCCAACAAUGCUGCUGUCUACUCGGAUCGGAUGCCGCAUUCCACUGCGGGCAAGUUCCCAAGUGCCGUCUCUGUUUUCCCGCAAGCUCUUAUCCAAGGCAGCAGCCCCAACCAGUCUCCUCAAUGGAAGAACUCCACAAGGACGGGUACAACGCCGGUUCAAUCUCCUUCUACAGCUUCAAUGCAAUCUGUCAAGAGCCUCCCUCAGCAGCAAGGCAGGGUCCAGGUCCAAGGCCUUCCCUCCACCAACCAUACACAGAUAUCCUUUGGGGUGAAUCCAAAAGCAGCCCCAUCGGGGCAACAGCUUCCAACCACCAACCCAUCUCAGCCAUCUGCUGGGAUUGUGGUGGGAUCUCCAUCCACUUCCAUGUCGAAAGGGGUGGGUGGCAGCCCAAUGACUUCUGCAGCCAACAAGGUGAGCUCUCCUGCUGCUUUAAUGCCAUCACAACCUGCCAAGAACUCGCAGCCGAGUUCCAGCAGGAAGUCAUCGCCUGUGGGUGGCCGAAAUGUACCAUCUAUCCACAGCAAUUCGCACGUCAAUCCUGCUCAGAGCUCGAGUGUGAAACCGCAGCAACAGCAGCAACAAAAUCAGCACCAGCAGCCACAGCUACAGAAGCCAUUUCAGCAGCCACAGCUCUUCUUCCCCAACGCCUACAUGCAAGCGCAGUCUCCCCAUUCUAAUGCAAUUGCUGCUGCUGGAUAUUAUCAAAGACGGCAAUCGGAACAGCAGCAACUGCAGCAGCAGCAAUUGCAGCAGCAACAGAAUUCAGCAGUCGCUUCCACUGGAAUGAUGUCGGUGGGUUCCCCGUCCCUGACGACACCCGGCACCACCGCCACUUCAGACCCAGCAAAGGCGGUUGCAGUGGCGGCGAAUAACUUGAAAACGCUGCCACCACAGAAUCUUUUGCAAGCGCAAUUCACAACAGUGCAACCCGCCGGCAACCCACAUCCACAUCCGCUCAUGUCCGCAGCCUACCCUUACAUCCACGCCAUGCCAGCUGUGCCUGUGAAACCUGCGGAACAGAAACCUGCUGCUGGAAAUGACAAUUUGAAUGCCUGCUGGCAGUCUGAGAAAAGAUGACGCUGAGGAAAGGUGCGGAGGGAGAGGACUCUUUCCAACCUCCCUUCCCGUUUUGGGAUGAUGGCCCGUAUACAGACAAGAAGACGGUCGUGCGGAAGAGGGGAGGAUAUAUACAUUGGUUUUGGUGUAUGCUAGGUAGGAAAGGCGAGGGUUAGAAAAAGAUCCCAGAUGGGGCGGUCGGCCACGAUGAAAAGAUAGAAAAGUCGGGAGUGGGGACCCACCAUCGGUGGGCAAGUGGGGUGAUUGCCACCAAGAUGUAGAAAGAGAGCUUGACAGAAAGAAAACGAUUGUAUAUGAGAAAACUCAAAAUGGCCUUUUCUUUUCCCUUUUUUUUUUUUUUUUAAUUCCUUUUUUUUCCCUCCCUCCUCUUUGGGUGUAUGCGCGGUCACGAAGGGUCGGGCAGAGAUGCGAGAGGGAUGAAGGCAUGAUGGGAGUCGGUCAUCAGUCAUGGGUUUGUCAGCAUACGCUUACUAACCAUUGCUUUUAUUUUUAUUUUAUUUUCUUUUUCUUUUUUUUCUUUUUUUCUUUUUCCGGAAAGAGAAUAUCUGUUGAAAUAUUGGUUUUCUAUUUAUUUCAGUGGGUCCCAUUUUCUUUUGA